UUCGACACAGCAUAGCGCUUAAGAAAAAACGCCACCCCAGCAAGAUGAACAAAAUACUUUAUUUUUGUGCAAAGCUUAUUUUGCUAAUUUGUGUAAUUUAUAUGCCCGACAAAGCCAUGGGCUGCUACGAAGACCAACUUUGUUUAACGCCGCGAAACCGGCUUGGCAGCUACGUAACACGAGCCACUUAUCUGACAUUGACAGGGCCAUUGCAAAAACUAUGUUUGGGUGUAUGUAAUUACAACAAAACAAUGCGGCUGAUAUGUUGCGCCUCGAAAGAUGUGCCCGCAAAUAAGAGAAUAUCGCAAAUUCAAUGUGAGCGAGAUCACCUGGAAUAUAGUUCUAUACUCGUAGUGCACGGUACUGAGGCGGAGGAAAAUGAAUUUCCAUUUAUGGCCGCUAUAGGUUGGCGCACAGGUGACAGCAAUGGGAUAUCAUACAAAUGUGGUGGCUCUUUAAUCAGUCGUAGAUAUUUGCUAACUGCCGCACAUUGCCUUUACCAUUCAAAUGAACUGCCUGUUGUCGUGCGCCCGGGCGGUUUUGAUCUGAACGAUACCAAAGCGAAAGAAAUUGCAAUCGACCAAAUUCAUGUAUAUCCCGGCUAUGAAUACCCCGCAAUAUACAACGACAUUGCAGUUAUACGCUUGAUCGAAGGAUAUUUUCCCGAAAGUCAUGGCAACAAUGGGCCAGCAUGUGUUUGGGCGCAACCGUGGAAUGCAGCAAAUGUUACCGCCAUAGGUUAUGGGAACACACAAUUUGCUGGUUUAUCAUCAUCGACUCUAAUGAAGGCUAACCUCACAAUUCUGCCUAAUCAGCAGUGUGCGCAAUAUUAUGAACAAGACGCGGAUACCCUUUCCCAUGGCAUUAUUUAUUCGCAGAUGUGUGCAAACGACCCGGUGGGAUUACGCGAUACUUGUCAGGGUGACUCUGGCGGUCCGAUUAUUAUGUAUCGCAAUAUUGGUGAAGACUAUUAUGAAGUGCCAUAUAUAGUUGGCAUAACAUCGUUCGGCAUUGGCUGUGGCACUGGAGCACCAGGAAUUUACACGCGCGUUACCAGCUACAUCGACUGGAUUGAAAAAAUUGUCUUCUAUUAAUGAAUCGAACUAAAUGUGCGAAAACGAAAACAAAUGGAUUUGAGAGUUUUGAAGUACUACUGCUUACCUAAACAUAGAAACAAGCAAAGCAAUA